AUGGCGUCCCAAAACCCCUCCGAGAGCUCCCCGGCUCGUCCAUCCGCCACACGUACGGCCUCUCACACCCAUACUGCCAAAACAACAACUUCCAGCAGCGGCGAUCGCUUGGCAGUUCCCAGAAGAGCCCAUACAUUCGCAAAUGCAACCCCAUCUGUGGACGAUAGCGCUACAUCUCCCGAUGCCUUCGAAACUGGUGAACAUAGUGACUCCGACGAUGGAAUCGAGGUUACCAGAGCUUCCAUCGAGCUCGAUAUCCUUCCCAUCGAGCUCAUCACGUUAACAGACAGGUACGCCGAGGAAUGCCGCGCAUCGCUUGAAUCCCCGUUGCUGAACCCCUCUCCUAUUCAUAGCUUCAUUGAGUCUCUGAAUGCCAAAGUCCACCCCACCCCUCCCAGUAUCGAGAAGCUGUCGCAAAAGUUCCAGGACUUUUACACCCAAGCUUCAUCCAACAUCAACACUCACAUCAACGCCCUGGCUUCGAGGCAAAGCCGUGAUGCAUCCCCUACACCAUCUGUUUCUUCUCUCUCAUCCGCCGCCAGCCGAUUGCGAUCCAAAGCCAGUGCGCUCAGCAUAACUAAGACGGAGCCUGAACAACAAAUGAUUACUGCAGAAGAGCUAGCGAACCGCAAGCGAAAUAGAAAGGCCCUCGAAGCUAAGAGGUCGCUCCUCGAAGAGGCUGUUGAGCGCAGAUUAUGUGAAGGCAUCUACGAUAAGAUUUACCGACACCGAAGCACCCAGGAUGAGGCGCAGGACGAUAAAUUGCGCUCAAAGACAGCAGCCUUGGCCUUAGUUGGCAUUGGACCCUCCGACCUGGGUAUCGAUUUGACAGGCGAAGCUGACGAGUCAGGCGAAAAGACUGGCCCAACAGAAGACGAGAUCAAGGAGAAAUUGGAACCCGCCAGGCGGGACAUCAUCAUGAUGACACAGAAACGAUAUCCUCUGGGCAAGCUUAACCACCUUAAAGCUGCCCAUCGGAGCAUUGUCGACACUCUUGCUCACUUCCAUCCUUCUGCAUCUGCUGAUGAAAUCAUGCCUAUGCUUAUCUAUACUCUCAUUACACUUCCACCUGAGAACCUGCAUGUCAUAAGCGAUGUUCAUUUUAUACAGUACUUCCGUUGGGAACCAAAACUUACGGGUGAGGCCGCAUACUGUCUGACAAACCUCGAAGCUGCCAUUAGCUUUCUACAGACCGUGGAUCUUGCAACAUUGCGAGCCGACGAACAGCUCUCUGGGCCGGCAAAGAGCACGAGUCCGAGGACCGAGACAUUCCCUCCUGCAUACCAACAAGGAGAAGCCUCUUCGUCGCCUAGUGGCCCCGAAGAAAGCAAGGUCAACGCCGAAGCAACUAAGAUGUCUGCCCCUGAUGUCAAAGCUUCACAGGUGUUGCGUAAUCGCCGGCUAAGUGAUCUUGUAAACGGGCCCGCGCAAGCAUUCGGAGCCGCAAGCGAUGCCGUCUUCAACACAGCUGACCAAAGCUUGAAGAACAUAUCCAACAGCUUGGAAGGCAGCUACAAAUUCCUUAUUGGAAAACUAAGGGAGCAUCAGGAUAGUCCCCGAGAAUCUAUCACUGUGCCGAGAACAUUGGACGAUGCCCGCAAGCUGGUCAGCACGCCAUCGCCCGAUGAGGAGGAUACCAGCGGACUUGACAGGCUGCUUGUCCUGGAUGAUGCCGACCCACUGAAACGUCCAAUUUCGCGGGAGGACAAAGUUCUGAGCCUUAUCGGGGGUCGUCGCGAACGUAGUACGGAUAGCACUCGAAGCGGUCGUAGCGCAAGUUCGUCGAAGAAAGUUUUGUUUGCCUCUGAUGAACCGAAGGCAGCCAGCCAAAACCCUGGACAGAACCCAGCUGUUUUGGACCAGAUGCGUAAUUUGGGUAACUCGUUCAACCCCAUGGCUCGGCUCCCUAGUAUCAGCAUGAUCCGCGGAUUUGGGCGUAAUACACCCACAGCACCGCCAGUACCAGCAGCCAAAGAGACAGCCAAGCCUGCAGACGGUGGGGAUCUAGGAACAGCUUUCCCUGACAUUGCUAUAGCCCUCCCACCUAAAGAGAUACCCAAGAUUGCGCCGCCCAACAAGCGGUUCAUGGAGAUACAGACACCUGGUGAACUAAAACUUGGCGAAGUCCUUGACCUCUUACGAGACUACCGCCGCUUAGCCACUGUAUUGAAGGAUAUCGGUGCUUUCGAGACAAAGUAA